AUGGCCCCACCCCUCCAUCCUCCGUUCUUCGUUCUCUCUCGCUCGCCUUGGCGCGGCCCGUUGUUAUGACGACACGGUCGUAAAUCCGCCAUCUUCCUGCGGCGCGUUGCGACAUGGAAGGCGCGAUGGCAGUGCGGGUGACGGCCGCGCAUACGGCAGAAGCCCGGGCCGAAGCCAGGCGGGAAGCGGGCGAGGGCGGGGUCGCGGCGACGGCGGCAGCGUUGGCCCCCGGCAGCUUCCUCGGCCUCCCCGCGUCCUUUAGCGAGGAAGAUGAGGACGACGUGCACAGAUGCGGCCGCUGCCAGGCGGAGUUCACCGCCCUGGAGGACUUCGUUCAGCACAAACUCCAGAAGGUCUGCCAGCGGGCUCCUCAGGAGGCCCUGCCUGCCACCUCUGCAGCUGCUGCGCUGCUGGGCCAGGAGGUGGUCCCGGCGGCAGCAGGCCCAGAGGAGCCCAUCACUGUGGCCCACAUCGUUGUAGAGGCAGCUGCUCUAACGGCAGACAUCAGCCACACGCCUGAUAUCGUUGGCAGUGGACACAUCAAAGAGGUCAUUGUGGCUGCUGAGACAGAAGCAGGCGACAGCGAGAUGGCAGAGGCCCUAGGCAGCCCUGACCGUCAGGGCCCUGGGCUGGCUGGGCAAGGUGAGCAGGCGCAGGUCAAGCUGCUGGUGAACGAGGAUGGCCGCUACGUGUGUGCGCUGUGUCACAAGACCUUUAAGACGGGCAGCAUCCUCAAGGCUCACAUGGUCACCCACAGCAGUCGCAAGGACCAUGAGUGCAAGCUGUGCGGGGUCUCCUUCCGGACCAAGGGCUCACUCAUCCGGCACCACCGGCGCCACACAGAUGAGCGCCCCUAUAAAUGUGCCAAGUGUGGGAAGAGCUUCCGGGAGUCUGGUGCCCUGACCCGGCACCUCAAGUCUCUCACCCCAUGCACAGAAAAAAUCCGCUUCAGCAUGAGCAAGGACGUGGUGGUCGGCAAAGAGGACACGCCUGCAGGGUCUGGUGCCUCCACCGUGGGGACUGUUACAUCAUCAUCAGCGACAGGCGAGUCCAUGGAGACGUCGCCUGUGAUUCACCUGGUGACAGAUGCCAAGGGCACCAUCAUUCAUGAAGUCCAUGUCCAGAUGCAAGAGCUUCCCCUGGGCAUGAAAGCCCUGGCCCCUGAGCCUCCGGGCCCUGAGGAGCUUCCCUGUUCCAGUGAGGACAGUCGGGAGAACCUGCUGCAUCAGGCCAUGCAGAACUCCGGCAUUGUUCUCGAGCGGGUCGCUGGGGAGGAGGGGACCCUGGAGCCAGCCCCUCCUGCCACAUCCAGUCCCCAGCCCCUGGGAGAUGGUCCCCCAGAACUGCCGCUACUGGAGGUGGAGCAGGUGGAGACACAGGUGGCCAGUGAGGCCUCAGCUGUGCCCAGGACCCACUUGUGCCCUCAGUGCAGUGAGACCUUCCCAACGGCAGCUACCCUGGAGGCCCACAAAAGGGGCCAUGCAGGGCCGAAGCUGUUCACAUGUGCGCAGUGUGGCAAGGCCUUCCCCAAGGCCUACCUGCUCAAGAAGCACCAGAAAGUGCAUGUGCACGAGCGCCGCUUCCGCUGUGGGGACUGUGGGAAGCUCUACAAGACCAUUGCCCAUGUCCGUGGCCACCGGCGCGUCCACUCAGAUGAGCGACCCUACCCCUGUCCUGAGUGCGGCAAGCGCUACAAGACCAAGAAUGCCCAGCAGGUGCACUUCCGGACACACCUGGAGGAGAAGCCGCACGUGUGCCCGUUUUGCAGCCGAGGCUUUCGGGAGAAGGGCUCACUUGUGCGGCACGUGCGGCACCACACGGGGGAGAAGCCCUUCAAGUGCUACAAGUGUGGCCGUGGCUUCGCUGAGCAUGGCACGCUCAACCGGCACCUGCGCACCAAAGGGGGCUGCCUGCUGGAGGUGGAGGAGCUGCUAUUGUCUGAAGAGAGCCCCACAGCAGCCACUACUGUCCUUGCCGAGGACCCGCACACCGUGUUGGUUGAGUUCUCAUCCGUGGUGGCCGACACCCAGGAGUACAUCAUUGAGGCCACCGAGGAUGACACAGAGAUUAGCGAAGCCACAGAGAUCAUCGAGGGCACCCAGACAGAGGUGGACAGCCACAUCAUGAAGGUAGUGCAGCAAAUUGUGCACCAGGCCAGCGCAGGGCACCAGAUCAUCGUACAGAACGUGACCAUGGACCAGGAGGCGGGGCUAAGUCCAGAGGCGGCUGCUGCCGACACCAUUACCAUCGCCACCCCUGAGAGCCUGACGGAGCAGGUGGCCAUGACUCUGGCCUCAGCCAUCAGCGAGGGCACUGUGCUUACAGCCCGUGCAGGUGCAAAUGGCACCGAGCAGGCCACUGUGACCAUGGUUUCAUCGGAGGACAUUGAGAUCCUGGAGCACACGGGCGAGCUGGUCAUCGCCUCACCAGAGGGCCAGCUCGAGGUGCAGACGGUCAUCGUCUAGCGUGAGCACCUCUAGGGUCCUGCUGGGCUGGGCUGGGUCAGGGGCAAGGACCUGGAGCACCAUACUCACACCUGUCCGGCCUGGUACAGAGAAGAUGGGGCACAGAAUUCAGAUGUUCAGAGCUAUGGGAAUGUAAAUAAGAUUUUUGUUGCUUUACAAUAAAACAUGAAAACCCA